AUGGUCAAAAAUUUCUCCAAUUUUACAAACAGACCUUUAUUAUUCCCAGUAGAUGAGUACAGUGCAAACAUGGUAAAUGUUGCAAAAGACGAUCACUGGAAGUAUCUUCGAACUGUCUUGGCACCAUCUUACAGCUCAAAAAGAAUGCGUGAGAUGGUUCCAUUGAUUGAAGAUGUCCUGAAGACUUUUGAAAAAAACUUAAAUAAGAUUGCAGACAACAAAGAAGCGAUUGAUGUUACCAUUUUGUUUUCAGGUUAUACAAUGGAUGUGAUUGCGUCAACUGGAUUUGGGAUUGAAGUAGAUUCACAGGAAGAUCCUGACAGCCCUAUUGUUAAAAAUGCACGAAAAGUUUUUGAUGGUGACUUUUUCAAAUCUUUUCAGGCGGUAGCAAAUCUGCAAGGUGUUCAUUUUGACUUUGUCUUCUUCUUUUUACAACUUUCCCUUUUCUUCUUUUUAUCCUUCUUGAUUCUUCUUUUUAUCCUUCUCUGUUCUUCUUUUUUUCAUGAUGACUUUGUCAUAAAUCCUUCUGCUUUUCUUCAUUUUAUCUUUGUCAUUCUGAUUUUUUCCUUUUUUUCCCUUUUCUUCUUUUUAUCCUUCUCCAUUCUUCUUUUUAUCCUUCAAAGAAAUCCUUCUGCUUUCUUGUUUUUUAUGACUUUCCUCUUUUCUUCUUUUUCUCCUUUUCUUCUUUUCUUCUUUUUUAUAUUUGAUCCAUUCUUCUUUUAUAUCUUCUUUUCUUUUUAUCCUUCUCCUCUUUCUUCUUUUAUCCUUCUUUCUCCUUUUUAUUUUUUCUCUUCUUUUUUCUUUUAUCCUUUCCAUCUGUUCUUUUCUGCAAAGGUGUUCAUGAUUCUUUUUUAUGAUUUUCUCUGUUCUUCUUUUUAUCCUUUCCCUCUUUUUCUUUUUAUCCUUCUCCUUUUUCUUUUUUAUCCUCCUUUUUUUUAUCUUUUUUUUCUUUUUUUUUUUCUUUUUUCCUUCUUUUCUUCCUUCUCCUUUUUCUUUUUUAUGAUUUCUCCCUUCUUCUUUUAUCCUUGA